CGGGGACGGCCCCGCGCGGCGCUGUCAGCCCGCGGCUCGGAGCGGAUCGGCUCGGCUCGGCUCGGCUCGGCGCGGGGAUGGCGGUACCGGAGCCGGACGCGCGGCUGGCGCAGGAGAAGGAGGAGGAGAGCGAGGAGGAGAGCGAGAUCCUGGAGGAGAGCCCCUGCGGGCGCUGGCAGAAGCGCCGUGAGCAGGUGAAUCAGGGGAACAUGCCGGGCAUCCAGAGCACCUUCCUUGCCAUGGACACAGAGGAGGGCGUGGAGGUGGUGUGGAACGAGCUGCUCUUCACUGACAAGAAGGCCUUUAAAGCACAUGAGGAGAAGAUCAAGACCAUGUUCGAGCAGCUGGUGCUUGUGGAUCACCCCAACAUCGUAAAGCUUCACAAAUACUGGCUGGAUGUGAAAGACUUGAAGGCGCGGGUCAUCUUCAUCACAGAAUACGUGUCCUCAGGGAGCCUGAAACAGUUCCUGAAGAAAACUAAGAAAAACCACAAGGCCAUGAAUGCCAGGGCCUGGAAGCGCUGGUGCACUCAGAUCCUGUCUGCUCUCAGCUUCCUGCACUCCUGUGAGCCUCCCAUCAUCCACGGCAACCUCACCAGCGAUACCAUCUUCAUCCAGCACAACGGGCUCAUAAAGAUUGGUUCAGUCUGGCACAGGGUGUUUGCAAAUGCCCUCCCGGACGACCUGCGAAGCCCCAUCAGGAUUGAGAGGGAAGAGCUACGCAACUUGCAUUUCUUCCCCCCGGAGUACGGCCAAAAGGCUGACGGGACUGCUGUGGACAUCUUCUCCUUUGGGAUGUGUGCACUGGAGAUGGCAGUGCUGGAGAUCCAGACUAAUGGGGACACACGGGUCUCGGAGGAGGCAAUCAUGCGGGCACGACAUUCUCUGGACGAUCCCAACAUGCGGGAGUUCAUUCUGUCGUGCUUGACCCUCAACCCAGACAAGCGACCAACAGCUAAUAAUCUGCUCUUCCACCGGGUGCUCUUUGAGGUCCAUUCUCUCAAGCUGCUGGCAGCACACUGCUUCAUCAACAACCAGUAUCUGAUGCCAGAGAACGUGGUGGAAGAGAAGAUAAAGGAGCUGGACCUGAACAUGGUGAUGGCAGAGAUCCGGAGAGAGGGUCGGCCUGGAGCACAGUGGAGGUACUCAGAGGUCUCCUUCCUUGAGCUCGACAAAUUCUUAGAAGACGUCAGGAAUGGGAUUUAUCCCCUGAUGAACUUCGCUGUUUCCCGACCCCAUGCCCUCCCACGUGCACUCUCCCAGCCCCAAGAGGACCCUCAGAAAGCCAAGACUCCCACCCCAGAGCCCUUUGAUGUGGAGACCAGGAAGGUGGUGCAAAUGCAAUGUAACAUGGAGCUGAAUGAAGACAAGACCCAGUGGCACCUUACUCUUCUGCUGAUCCUGGAAGACAAAUUGCAUCGACAGUUGAGCUACGACUUGCUGCCCACUGAUAACUCCAAGGACUUGGCCACAGAGCUGGUGCAUUAUGGAUUCAUCCACGAGGACGACUGUGAAAAGCUGGCUAACUUCCUGGAAAAUGCCUUCCACAAAUACCGGUCUCCUCCCUUGACUGACCGGGCCACUCGAUCCUGACUGAACCUUUGCAGUCCAUGAGAGGUGUGUGCCUGAGCUGCGGUGUGAAAAGGCAACAGCAAGUGGAGGAGUAAUCAGCAAACACGAGAAAUUACAUGUGCAUCAUGAGAGGUCAGGACCAAGCAGGAGUACAUGUUCUGGUCCCCACUCCUGAAGCAGCAAGCCAAAGGGAGUUGUGAGGAGUGGGGUAGCACUCCCUGCAGCCCCUUCCCGAUGGUGUCUGUGAAGAUGCAAAGCUGCUGCAAGAAUCCCCCAAACUGAUAAAUUUCCCUCUGGGAAUGAUAAGCUUUUUUCACUGCAGGUCCCAAAGCUAUUUUUUGAUUCUUUCCCAGCUGGUAAUACUUGCAGAAGGGAGGAGAGGAGCAGGCUUGGAAGGCUCUGGCACAGCUUCUGGUCUGCCACAUUCCAUUCUUUAUACCCAGUUUUCUCCUGUUUUGUUAAGCUUUCCCCAGCACAGAUGAACCACUGUGAUGCCUUGUAAUUAGAAUUGCACACCUUGGUGUAAGCUGAAGAGAGGACUUUGUGAGCUGGACUUGACAUGGCAGGAGAAGAAAUUCCAGAAAUCCAAACUCACCAGCUGGAUCCAAACAUGUGGAUCAGCAGAAACUUCAUUGGUGCUGAACAGAACCUUUGUCAUUCCCCAGUCUGUGUUAUGGCCUUCCAAAAUCUCACGGCAUCUUAAGGGGAAAAACCCUGAUGUCUCUUCCUUCCAUGUUUCUCCUGUGGUGUUUGGAACUUCAGUCAUUAGCCUGGAGAAAGGGGCAAUCAUCUUAACUGCUGCGCAUGUCGGGUUCAGUUGGUGAAAAGUGCAAAUAGGAAUUACUUGUGUCGCAAAAGCCAUGCAGUGCUGCUCCAUGCUGUUCACAUUGUGCCGUGUGGAACCAGCUGUAUCAUGCUGCGCUGUGCUGGUGUUCUGCGCUGUGCUGGGUCUUCCAUGUGGUACUGCCUGCAUUACGUUGCCCGCGCUUUGCGGUGUUGCACCAAUUGUAUCAUGCCGGGCUGGGUUUGCCAUGCUAGGAUGCUAUGCUGAGCUGCCAACUUGUGCUGUAUUUCCCAGUUGUGCUAUGCUGUGCCAACUUUACAAACUGACAAAUCAAUAAAGCCACUGAAAGUA